AUGCCGAUUGUCUCCCUCCCCUCGAAAAUGAAGUUGUCGCGCUGCGAUCGUGAAGGUAACCAAAAUAGAAGAGCGCAACGAAUGGGUCAGCAAUGUUACGACCGAACGCGACUUAUUCAAAUCUUCCCCAGGCACGAUAUGGAGAGAAAUAACCAAAGAUCGGAGAUAACACAGCAGUGGCUAUGCAGGAGGCUUUUCGCUUUGAAACUAUUGGCUUUUGCAGAUUUUAGCAUAGUUGCACAAUACGCGCCAGUUGCACAAGAGACUAUCCGAAAAACUCAUUCGAAUGAUGAAUCAUCAUCGUUUUAUGUCGGCUGGAAGACUAGUUCCUCUAAAACAUGGUCGCAUAUCAUGUGUUCCUCUAAAACAUGGUCGCAUAUCAUGUUGACGAAUAUGUGA